UCAUCAUCUACUCACUCUCAGGUCAUUCUAAACGCAUACGAUUUUCUUUCUUCUGUUAAAAUAAAAUAAAAGGAACACUGAGAGGGUUUUACAUACAAUGACAAUGGAUGGAAAUUAUUCCUUUAAAUUCGGAAUGCGCGGUCCAUUAGGUGGCGCUACGAUCCGAUUCCUAUAAAUAAACAGAAGCAGCUCUUUAUAUAAUUUUUUUCCUUAUCUCAGUACACUAUUACCAACAAAUCUGAGGUACAACUUCGGAUAAAAAUACAUUAUUUGAUUACCGGACUGUGAAGGCUAAACACUUUUUCAUCGAUGUUGGUAGCGAUGAUUGGCAGUUAAAUGGGCGGGGCCAGUUAGCUGCAUGUGCGUUCACAACACGUUGACGUUUUCCCUGCCAUAGGGACUUUUGUGAUAGCGAGGAUGAUAAGUCUCUGACAUAUCCGCUUCGAGGAUCAUCCCUACACUCAAUCUGUAGCUCACCAUACUAAUAUGGUGGCAUUAAGGUGAAACAUCUGACCCUUCCCCUUGCUGAUGCAGUAGCUAUAUAUAAUACUUUUAGUAUCUCACAUAUGCAUCUGUUAUAAUAACACUAGUAUUUACAGAACUUAAUAUAUAAAACAUAAUGUGGGACUCAGUGGAUCUGUGAUUAUGAUGGUCGUUCAUAACUUAUGAUAUUUCUUCAAGAUACAUACACAAAUAUAUAGUCACAUAUAUGCUGGCAUAUAGUGAGAAAUGCUGCAGUUGAGCACAGUUACAGACUGUCUGCUAAUCAGUAAUGCCCGGUCGGCCUGUAACAAUGAUCUCCUCCAGAAGGAGGCGGUCACUUUAUGUAUCAAUGUGUCAAAGCAGCAACCCUUUCCCUCAAUGCGGGUCAGCACAUUGCGUGUACCUGUCUAUGAUGACCCUAAUGAAGACCUGUACAAGCAUUUUGAUCGCUGUGCUGAUGCCAUAGCAAGCGAGGCAGAAAGGGGAGGCCGCACCAUUGUGUACUGUAAGAAUGGACGCAGUCGUUCAGCUACUGUCUGUGUGGCUUAUUUAAUGAAGCAACAGGGUCUCACCCUAACAGACGCCUUCCAGGUAGUAAAACGUGCCCGAUCAGUUGUUGAGCCCAACCCAGGAUUUUGGACUCAGCUGGAGCAGUAUGAACAGGAGCUGAAGAUCAGGAGGUCAGCCAGCCGCAGAUCCAACCUUUCUCCUCCUUAACUUUAUACCAACAUUUUCUGACACUACAUUCUCAACCUUCAGAGCUAGACUUGUUAAUAUAAUGCUUGAUAAUAGCUAAGGCCUUAGACCCUUCACUGUUCAAGCUUGCUGCAAAAGAUCAAUCUCUUUACGUAAGCAAAUGUGCCUUAAAUUAUUAUGCUCAGGUUAUGACAUUUAUUUGCAUUUUUAAAUUUUAAAUGUAAUAUAUUUUUUAAUUAACUUGCACUGACAUAUCUUAAAAUAUGUCAG